AUGGCAUCUCCACCAGUCAUUCCAAAACAAUUUACAUACGAAAUUAUUACAACAGGUCUCAAUUCGCCUAUUAAGGAAAUUCAAGACUAUACAAAUUUAGAUUUGGAACCCUUCGAGAAAAGUCCAAUAUGGUCUAAUAACUAUCUCUCACAAUUGAACAUUCAACGCCAACCUUUUGCUUUUCAAAUUGAACUUGUUCAAUCUGUCAUAAACAGUGGAAACUCGCUUGUUAGCUUGCGAACAGGUGCGGGAAAAACAUACAUAGCGGCACUUUUAAUAAAAUAUUAUUACAUGAAGAAACAAAAAGAAGAAAAUAAACAGUUUUUAACAUUUUUCUUUAUUCCUAAUCGGUCCAUUCGUGAUCAACAAGUUGCAGCUAUACAUGAUGUUGGCGACCUUCGCGUUAUGCCUUGUGAUGAUGAUUCGUCAGUUCAUGAAUUUGUUCAAUAUAGUCAUGUAAUUGUUUGUACACCACAAAAGUUUUUGAAUUGCUUAGUCGAUAAAACAAUUUUUUUAAACCAAGUUGAUUUGUUAAUAUUUGAUGAAUGUCAUCAUUGUAUUGGAAAUCAUCCUUAUUCGAAAAUAAUGGAACAAUAUCUAGUUUAUCAUCCAUUGGAGCAUCAGCCGAAAAUAAUUGGUCUCACUGCAUCGUGUGGAACCAAACUAACGCGUCCAGAACUAGUAUUUGAAGAGUUAUCAAAUUCGCAAAAGCGUCAGCAUAAUGCGCUCAACAAGCUUUAUGAAUUAUGUGCAACACUCAAUUGCAAUAAUGUUGUAACUAUAAAAAAUGCAGAACAUAUAGAAGAAUUAAGUAAAAAAAUACAUAUGCCAAUAGAUGAUCAAAUUCUCACUGUUCAAUCAAUGUCAUUUGAUCAGCAUUUAAAAAAAUUAGGUGCAACGAUCAAAUCUUUAUUAGAAUACAUAGGAUCGCAAUGUUCUCCAACUAUUGAUAAAUUUACCGAUGAACAAAAUUUAGUUGAAAACAAAAAGGAUGCAGAGAAGCAGAACAAUUUCACAAACGUCAUAUUGAUAAAAUACAUGAUUAUGUUUGUCAAAAGACUCGACGCAUUAACUGAUUUACCAUUGAAAUCAAUAAUCAAUGAUAUCAUCAAUAAAAUUGAUCUAUUUUACAAUAAAAAAGAAACACCAAUGGCCAUUGAAACUGAAGUUCAUGAUUAUUGUAUACAAACAAUGAAUAGCAUUGUCGAACAACUGAAAGAAAGUCAAUAUUAUUUAACAAACCCCAAGCUUGAUUUUUUGACUGAUUUAUUACAACGACUUAUUAAACAAAGAGACGAUGCGAGAGGGCUAAUUUUAGUUUCACGUACACUUUACGCGAAGCUUUUGUUUGAUUAUUUCAAUGAACGUCAAGAUUCUAAGAACAUUAUACAACCUUAUUGGCUUGUCGGCCAAAAUGGUGUUGACUAUCAGAAUAGUCUGAGUGAACAGGACGAAGCAUUGGAAAACUUUCGAAAAGGAUUGUCAAAUGUGCUGAUUGCUACAGAUAUUGUACAAGAGGGUUUGGAUGUACCGGAAUGUUCUUUUAUCAUACGCUAUGAAUUUGUUUCAAAUGAAAUUGGCACAGUUCAAUCAAGAGGACGAGCGCGAGCAGAAAAAAGUUCUUGCUUUUUAGUUGUUGACGAAGGUUCAAAAAAUCAUGUCAAAGAGAUGACAAAUCGUUUGAAAGAAAAAGAAAUGUUAGAAGCGCUUAACAGGUGGCAACAAAUAUCAUCCCAUGACUUGAAACUCAAUCUGCAAAAAGUGCAGAAUAGAAUUAUUGAUGAAUGGCGUGCCGCAGCUGAUUUGAAAAAAAGAUUCCAGUCUACGUUACAAGAUUCAGAGGACAUAGAUGGCAAAGUUUCAUGUCGCGCAUGCGAUUACUAUUUAGGUGAAAUUUCAUGGAUACGUAAACGAAAUAAUAGUUAUUUUGUUCAACAGCAACAACUUGCUGAACAUGUAGAAAUCGAAUUGUAUUCUCCAGCAAAAAUGUACAAAGAAAUACAAGUGAAUGGAAAAGUUCGAUGUGGAAAUAGAAAAUGUCGUGAGGACAUAGGUGGAGUUCAGCAAUAUACUGAUCGACCAGAUAUUAGAGAAAUAUGUGCACUUGCAUGUAAAAAAUUGAAAUUUACUUUGAAAGAUCCAGAUGGCGAUUGUAAAGUUUCAAUGGUCAAUAAAUGGACUGAAAUUACAUUUAAAAUACCUGAAUUGGAACCACUCAUGUCGAUUAAUGUAGCGCCUGAUCAACAGUAG